AUGAGGGCUCUACCUUUCACUGAUGAUAUCAAUGAGGAAAGGCUUCCUCCAAACUUCAAACUCCCAUCGAUACAAUCUUAUGAUGGCCGAGGUGAUCCCGAAGAUCACAUCCAUGCCUUCAUAUCAGCUUUCCGCUUAUAUUGCAUCCCUGACCCAGUCAUUUGCCGAGCUUUUCCAGUGUUCCUCCAGGGGACAACUCGCAAAUGGUUCUGGGGUUUAGAACCUAAGAGCAUCUCAACCCUGGGGGAAUUAGUGGAGAGAUUUCUCCAUCGGUUUGUGUCAUCCCGACCUACGAUCAGGACCUCGGCUUAUCCGCUGAAUAUGCAACAGAACCCUGGAGAGUCACUUCGGUCGUACGUCCAAAGGUUCCACGAGAAAAGUGUGCAAAUACCUGACCCCAAUGAACAGGUGAUCAUCGUUGCCUUUACCCAUGGGCUCGUUGCCGGGGUAUUCAACACGGGGAUCCACAAGAAAUAUCCCCGCACACUCCACGAACUGUGGCUGAAGGUCGAGAAGGGCAUACAGGCCGAAGACCUCAACCGUAUGAAGAAAGAUGUCCAAGUCGCCCGCUCGAGGGCUGACCCCCGAAGGGGGAAAGAUCUUGGCCGAAGUGAAGCAGGGACAGGGAGUGCCUUCCAAAGUCCUGGCCGAGAUCGCCGCAGCGUGUUUGACAGGAUCUCUAAGGGGAAAUCAUCCAUCCCCGAGUCUGAGUUGACCCCUUUGAACACUACCCGAUCCCGUGUGUUGUCCGUAAUGGAACAAAACAACCUCGGGAAGGCACCUCCGAAGAUGUUCGGAAGCCGAGACAAGAGGAACUCAAACCUCUACUGCCUGUAG